GGAAAGGCUCCCCGCAAGCAGCUCGCCACCAAGGCAGCGCGCAAGAGUGCCCCGGCCACUGGUGGUGUGAAGAAGCCCCAUCGUUACCGCCCCGGUACGGUCGCGCUGCGCGAGAUCCGUCGCUACCAGAAGUCGACCGAGCUGCUGAUCCGCAAGCUGCCCUUCCAGCGGCUGGUGCGUGAGAUCGCCCAGGACUUCAAGACCGAUCUGCGCUUCCAGAGCUCGGCCGUGAUGGCGCUGCAGGAGGCCAGCGAGGCGUAUUUGGUCGGUUUGUUCGAGGACACGAAUCUGUGCGCGAUUCACGCCAAGCGUGUUACCAUCAUGCCAAAGGACAUCCAGCUGGCGCGUCGUAUCCGUGGCGGAAAGGCUCCCCGCAAGCAGCUCGCCACCAAGGCAGCGCGCAAGAGUGCCCCGGCCACUGGUGGUGUGAAGAAGCCCCAUCGUUACCGCCCCGGUACGGUCGCGCUGCGCGAGAUCCGUCGCUACCAGAAGUCGACCGAGCUGCUGAUCCGCAAGCUGCCCUUCCAGCGGCUGGUGCGUGAGAUCGCCCAGGACUUCAAGACCGAUCUGCGCUUCCAGAGCUCGGCCGUGAUGGCGCUGCAGGAGGCCAGCGAGGCGUACUUGGUCGGUCUGUUCGAGGACACGAAUCUGUGCGCGAUUCACGCCAAGCGUGUUACCAUCAUGCCAAAGGACAUCCAGCUGGCGCGUCGUAUCCGUGGCGAGCGUGCUUAA